CUGAGCAUGACAACACAGACCGACACGGCCUUGUUUCCAUUCAAGCUGACUGCAAAACAACACCAAAAAGAAGCUGCCUGCAUUUGGACUUGAGGAUCUGUGUUUUGUAGCUGUUCCUUGUUCUUUAUGUGCCUCUGGGAGCUGCAGCAGCAUGGCAGAUGACAAGGAUGUGUUGAGAGAUGUUUGGUUCGGCCGGAUCCCAACCUGCUUCACCCUGAACCAGGAUGAGAUUACUGAGAGAGAGGCCGAGCCCUACUAUCUGCUGUUACCCAGAGUGAGCUACCUGACUCUGGUGACGGACAAGGUGAAGAAACAUUUCCUCAAAGUGAUGAAGGCCGAGGACGUGGAGGAGAUGUGGUUUGAGUACGAAGGGACGCCACUCAAAUGGCAUUAUCCAAUAGGAGUUCUGUUUGACUUCCAUGCGUCCAACACUGUCUUACCCUGGACCAUCACUGUGCACUUUAAGAAUUUCCCCGACAGCGACCUGUUGCACUGCCAGUCCAACUCCGUGAUCGAGGCUCACUUCAUGUCCAGCAUCAAGGAGGCCGACGCGCUCAAGCACAAGAGCCAGGUCGUCAACGACAUGCAGAAGAAAGACCACAAGCAGCUGUGGAUGGGCCUGCAGAAUGAUAAAUUCGACCAGUUCUGGGCUAUGAACAGGAAGUUGAUGGAGUAUUCAACUGAGGAAGGAGGCUUCAGAUAUAUUCCCUUCAGGAUAUACCAGACGUUGAGCGACAGGCCAUUCAUCCAGAAACUGUUUCGUCCCGUUUCACCUGAAGGCAACGCACACACACUUGGCGACCUGCUGAGAGAGAUGUACCCAGCUGCUAUACCAAAUGACGGCGAGCCGAAGCGUAACCAGGUGGUGAUUCACGGUAUCGAACCGCUGCUGGAGACUCCUCUGCAGUGGCUCAGCGAACACCUCAGCCACCCGGACAACUUCCUGCACAUCUGCGUCAUCCCGACUCCCACCGACUGAAUCCCCUCUCUCUCUGUCUCUGUCUCUGUCUCUGUCUCUCUCUCUCUCUCUCUCUCUCUCUCUCUCUCUCUCUCUCUCUCUCUCUCUCUCUCUCUCUCUCUCUCUCUUGCUGUCACCGUGACGACCGACUGACCAGCUAGCCAACCAACCAGCCGUUCCAGGAAAUGGACAGCGUUUUAUCGGUGGGAAAAAAAACUCUGAACUAUAACAGACUCUUUUUAAAGAGAAGGAGAAACUUGGAGGAGAAGAAGAAGAAAAAAAAAAAACAACAACCUCCAUUUCCAUCUUGUUGUUAUCUAUUUAUAUUUGACUCCUACUAAUAACUUUUACUCCUCUUCUGGGCUCGGGGAGGAGACGUUCCUGUCGGUGAAGAGGUGGCUUUUUUCUAAUUCUGCUAUAUCGUAUAUAUAUUCCUCCUUUUUUUUUUCUAUCUC